AUGGAGAGGAAGACGCCGAGGCAACCCGGAUCGAGAAGGGGGGGUCGCAACGCGUGUCGAUGGAGGAGGCCAUGGGCGGCGCUGCGGCCGGGGGCUUCAUCGGCAUGGUGCGCGGAGGCCAUGGGCGGCGGUGGCUCGGGCGGAUGGUUCGCGGCAGGGAGGGAGAGCGGGCGGUAUCCAGCUGUGGGCGGGCACGGGAGCCGAGCGGGCGCGUGCGGCGGUGGCGCAGUGAGGGUGACCAUGGGGGCGCGGUGGAUGCGGAGCAUCACGGAGCAAGAUCCCCUGUGUGUUGGAGUCGCCGGAGUGGCUUCACCUUCGGGGUUGCUGCCGAUUGCUUUGCCGAAGGGCCUUCUCUCGCCGGAUGACACGGUGCCUUUGAUCGAACUCAGCUGCUUGUGA